AAUUUACGUAUUCCGUGGUGGAACGAUUGGCCGAGGGCAGCCGAGGGUUCGCGGAGAAGGUAGUUCGGUAGUUGACAAAACGUCUAUCGCGAGAUUGUGGAAAAAGUGUAUGGUAGAUAUAAAGGAGUAUCGUUCGCAGCCGAAGCUCGUAGUGUCGCGCGACUCGAAUAAAAUUGACGACACGCGAGUCCGUGUAAUCGUGAAUCGAAUAUUAGCGACAGGUCAUCGUACAGGCGCACAAUGAGCUUCCUAUUUGGAAGCAGGUCCUCGAAAACCUUCAAGCCAAAGAAGAAUAUUCCAGAGGGAACUCAUCAAUAUGACUUGAUGAAACAUGCGGCUGCCACCUUGGGCUCCGGGAAUUUGAGACUAGCUGUUAUGCUUCCAGAGGGUGAAGAUUUAAAUGAAUGGGUUGCAGUAAAUACUGUUGAUUUUUUCAAUCAAAUCAACAUGUUGUACGGCACCAUCACAGAAUUUUGUACAGAAGAAAGUUGUCCCAUUAUGUCUGCUGGACCAAAAUAUGAAUAUCAUUGGGCAGAUGGACAUACUGUCAAGAAGCCAAUUAAAUGUUCAGCACCCAAAUAUAUCGAUUAUUUAAUGACUUGGGUGCAGGAUCAGUUAGACGAUGAAACAUUAUUCCCUUCGAAAAUUGGUGUCCCUUUUCCAAAAAAUUUCUUGUCCAUCGCCAAGACAAUAUUAAAACGGCUAUUUAGAGUAUACGCGCAUAUUUAUCAUCAACAUUUCAGCGAAGUGGUACAGCUCGGCGAGGAAGCACAUUUAAAUACGUCGUUCAAACACUUCAUAUUUUUCGUUCAGGAAUUUAAUCUGAUAGAAAGAAGAGAAUUAGCGCCGUUACAGGAAUUAAUAGAGAAAUUAACGGCGAAAGAUGCUCGAUGAAUGAUCUCGAUCGUCAUCCGAAAACUCCUCCAAAGAAUCUCACCCGUGCUAUCUUUUAACAAACGUGUAACUGCGCAUGUUAUUUAACUAACCCAAUCAUUGCUAACGCGACCACUGCCUCGUGCCAGGAUUCGCUGAUCAUACGACAUUCUAUUCAUUUAGGAAAAGAAGUGACUGGUAUACGUUUUAUAACGAAUCAUGGACUUGUUAGGUUGAAAUCGAUUUUCGAAAAGGAAAACAAAAAUAAUGUUUUGGGUGUUUACAAAACGGAAACGAUAACGAUUAAGGGGGUGAUGAUUACUAAUGUAGACUUUUGUAAAAUAGUUAUACAUUCGAUGUGAAACUUAGUACUCGUUUUGUUUUAUGUUUUGAAAAAUGAAAUAUUGUUUUUUAAUUAGU